CACAAUAUUCAAUCAUUGUAAUCAAUAGUAUUUCUCCAUCUUUAUAAAAAUAAGAGAGCAUAUAAAAUAUCCAUCCAUAACUCAAAAUUCCCAAGCUUAAAAAGAAGAUGAUGAACCCAAUAAUAAUCACUCCUCUCCUAACACUUGCUUGCCUUGUCACCGCCGGCAAAGCGAAGUGGCUGAAAACCUUAUUCCGGCCAAAUAAAGCAACCACGAAGCUCCAUUUCUACGUCCACGACCUCCGCGCAGGCCCAAAUGCAACCUUGUUCACCGUCGCCACCGCCUCCAUCACGGCCACGUCCCCCACGGCCUUCGGCCGGAUCAACGUCUUCGACGACAAGGUCACGGUGGGGCCGGAAUUCGGGUCCGAAGAGGUGGGAAGAGCGCAAGGAACCACCACAUCCAUGGACCUAAAUGUCUCGGCAUCCUCCAUGAAUCUCAACUUCUUCUUGACCUCGGGAGAGUUCAAGGGGAGCACCGUCGUCGUCGUCGGCCGGAACCAGUUUACCGACGCGGAGAAGGAGCUGGCGGUGGUCGGAGGCACCGGGGCAUUUCGGAAUGCUCGUGGCUAUGCGAUUACAAGUGCCUAUUCAAGUGAUCCGGUGGAGAACUCUAGUGUGAUCGUGAUACAAAGAGAUUCUGUAUCGGAACGCCGGCGACGGGAGAGACCGAGGAGGGAGGUUCGUUCGCAGAGUCUUCUCCGUCGAACAGCCGCCAACGCCUAGGGUUUUCUCACGUGGAAGAUGAUAACUUGUGAGGAAAGAAAGAUACGAUAAAAUAAGGAAAAAUUCUGGUA